UUCUGACCAAUCAGCGGGCCGCAUUGUGCAGCCGAUGAACAGCAAUGUCGGACACAAUGAAGCUGAGUGGAAAUCACGCUCUUGCUAAUGAAGCCAACACAAUGUCCAGCUACAGGGACUGCAUGUGUGCGAUGCUGAGGCUGUUGUCAGACUUCGGGAAAGAGCUCAAAUUAAAUGAUGCUGCUCUGAGGAUAGAAGUCAACAUUGAUGCUGUGGAUCUCCCAUCAUCUCCGGAUGCUCACGUGUACCGCUAUUUGCAGGAGCAUAUCACUAAAUUACAGUCUGUUUCAGAAAGCUUUAAGACACUUGUGGAUGCCAAUGGUGAUUCAUCAUCUACAACAGACAACACAUCAGAAGAUGCUGUCACCUCAUCAUCCCUCCAGGAGAUGACGGUACUGUCUGAGCACCGUCCUCCCAGCCCAGAGGCUGCAGGAAGCAAGACGGCGGCUGAUGACGUCAUGGUUCAGAUCCGAGCCAGGAAGUCAGAGAUUGAGCGAAGAAUAUCUGCAUUUAUGGAACGCAAGCAGAUGGAGAUCAAUGAAAACAAUGUGCGCGAGUUUUGCAACGUGAUCGACUGCAAUCAGGAAAACAGCUGUGCCAGAACAGAUGCAGUUUUCACUCCAUAUCCAGGUUUUAAAAGCCAUGUGAAAGUUACACGGGUGGUAAACACUUACGGGCCCCAGACUCGUGGUGGGGGAGGCCAGGGAGAGGCAGGGGAUCAGCAGAGGGGGUCGAUGGCAAGAGACUGCGGAAAUGCAGCCAUAGAAGAACGACUUUACAACAUCGAGACUCACCUGAAACUCCCAACAGCGGGCCCGAUUCCAUUGAGUGUCUACCAGAGACUGAAGAAGCUGGAGGAUCGUAUCCUGGAGUUGGAGGGACUCUCACCGGAGUACUUUCAGUCCACGAGUCACCUGCACAAGCGACCAAAGACAUCCCCGGCUCAGGCCUGCAGUCUGACAGAGCUGGAUGAGAAAAUCAGCGCAGUUAAAGCGGCGUUAUUGAAGAGGGUGAAUGAAUUUGGGCCUGGAUAUGGAACAGAGUGUCAGCUGUAACAAGUCCACACAUUAAAACACACUAUUAUUGCAUCAUUUGUUUCUUUUUGUGCUCCUGCUCUCUAAGUGAGCACCAUUCUCAUAACAUGUGAGCUGAGAAAAACCUGUACUACUCUAAAUAGUUUUGUACUUAGCUGAGAUAUAAUUGUUCUGUAAAUAAAGAUAUUUUUCCCCUCAUGAAAACUGGUCUGGUAAUUUAAUCAUUGAUCUAAUGUGAAAUAUGUAUUCUAUUUCUGUAAUGUGCAAUCUGAUUUCUAUCAUCUAGUCAAUUGUCAAAAAAACCAUCAAGAAGUAUACCUUAAGAAAAUGGAGUAGAAUGUCAGAGC